GGUUACCUUACGGUUACCACGCACACUACCCUCAAUGGCAAUAAGCCAGCGGCCGUUGUCACCACAAGCUCUGGGCUUGGCAUGCCGCCAUGUCCCCACGGCCAGGCGCACCGCGCGUGCUUUCCGCGUCGCCGCGGGGCCUAGCACAAGCUCCGAUGGCUUCACCUACUUGGAACUAGAGCUCCCAACUCCUCUUAACAGCAACGUGAAGAAGUCAGCGUUCAUUAAGAGCAGCACGCGAGUUGCGGACUGCCCGCCGGACCGCAUACCGGAAUUCGCAUUUAUCGGCCGGUCAAAUGUGGGCAAGUCAUCUCUUAUCAACUCGUUAACCAACAAUGACAGGCUGGCGAAGGUGUCGAAGGAGCCGGGCAUGACAAAGCUCAUUAACCAUUACCUCAUCAACGACUCGUGGUAUCUGGUGGACCUGCCUGGCUACGGGUUCGCCAAGGCCGGCAAGUCCAAUCGCGAGGAGUGGCUUCGCUUUACCAAGGACUACUUCAUCACACGCGACAACCUGGUCAGCGUCAUGCUGCUGGUGGACUCGUCGCUGCCGCCGCAGACCGUGGACCGGGACUGUGCCGACUGGCUGGCGGAGUGUGAGGUGCCAUUCUGCAUCGUGUUUACCAAGAUUGACAAUCGCAAGAAGGACAUGCCGACCAACGCCGCCAAUGUCAAGGCAUUCAAACAGAUGAUGGCUGAGGAGUGGGAGGCGCUGCCGCGCUGCUUCGAGACCAGCUCCAAGACGGGCACGGGCAAGUCCGAACUGCUGGGCUACCUGGCGUCGUUGCGCGAGCUGCACGUGCGGAGCGGGCGGAUGUGAGGCAGUGGCACUGUGGCAGGUGAUGAUGGGGUGUGGUGGGGUCUUGCUGAAACGCUCUGGAGCAUUGUGUCGGCAUGUUGGGAUAUGGUGACGUGCUGCUUGAAUAGGCGCGGCCGCGCGACGGCGUUAUCUUGGGUUAUCUUGGGACGGCAUGUCUUAUCGCUUGCGGCUGCGCUUGGGUAAAGAGGUCUGGUAGGAAUGAGAAUUGGGCUCAGCGGCUUGAAACGUGUGAGAAAGCGGAAUAUGGCCUGGGGUGCGCCCUUGAACAGGGCGGCCGUACCAGCGCAUGGGCUGAGGAUUGAGGCUCGGGUUGAUUUCGCAUGUGAGUACGGAAUCAAGUGGAAGCACUGCCGCCGCACUCGACGCAGUGCUAUAAGGUGCAUGGCCGGUUGCGCGGGGGGUGUUGCGACUAUACUUUGCUACUGAAUGCCGAGUGCUCUCGGGUGCGUGCAUGAGUAGAAGUGCCCCUAGCCCCCUCCUACUGCUGCACGGAUCGGGUCUGCAGAUGUCAGCUAUGUGCAGAGACACUUACGGUGUGUGCCACACCGCUGCCCCUGGUUGGAGGUGCGGAGUCAGGCAGUGGCAUGCGUAUGGUCGUCCCGCCGUGAUGUGGCUGCUUGUUAGGUGACGUUGCCAUCAUGGGUGCGCGCGGAGGACAUGUUAUCGACGUGCGUUGUGGAACUAAUGGGUACGUAGACCAGAGCAGAAGGCGGAGCGGGCUUGCAGGCGGCACGAGAGCAGGCAGUCAGUAGCGCAAGUUGCUAGUUCACGUGUUACCUCGUAACCGACGGGACCAUGGCUGGCUGACGGAAGGUGGCUGCUGUAUGCUGGCGUUCUUAGGAAGACAGGAUGGAACUGCCGCAACACGCUGGCCGUACGUGUCAUUGAAAUGCGUAGAUGCGAAUGCGAAUGCGAGUGCACGCAGCCCCGCCCCGCCAACCAAGCGCCGGCUGCCAGCACCACCAUUGGUAAUUUCUG